UGCUGCUAUUGCUGCUGACAACACCGUGUGCACGGCUGCGACGACGACGACGAGUGCGGAGAAGAUGGCGGCGCUCAUCAGGCAUGGCUUGCUCGCCAACGCUCUCAAGAGUACCUCGAUCACCGUACGCACCGCCACCACUAACAAGGCGAAAGAGUUUCGUCGCGAGAGGCGUCUGAUGGACGUGAGGGCGAGGAUCAACGCCGUCCGGGAUUCCCUGGGUGCGCGUGGAUUUCUGAGGCCACAAAGGGGUUAUGAGCCACCUGAGGACGCGACCGUGAGAUUCGACAAGAUCUGCGGAAGUCAAGCGAUCUCUCCGGACGACGACGUCAAACUUGAGGAUCCUCAUCUGCGUUUUAAACUCUUGGUCGCCUGCGAGGAGGAGUUCGAACAUAACGUGCCGAAUUCGCUGCUUUACACCAUCGAAAAUAUCGGGGACUUGAGACAAUUUUAUCUGACACCGGUCGACUGCACGACACCGUACGAGGCGUUGGGUAGGAUACAGUUGCCCAAGAAUUUACAUGUUCAACAGGAAUAUCACAGGUUCCAUCCGGACACCGACACUAUGUUCAAUGGCAAGACCGCCUUUCCGCAAAGCUCCACUAUCGUGACCGGCCUCAAGUAUAAGAAAAAAUAUCCCGGACACCGACAGGGAAAUCCGCACUUGGACGAGAUGAUGAAAAUCUGAACUGUAUCGUUGAUAAAUCAAUGUCGGCUGUAGCGGCAAGGAGUGGAAGUUUGAGGCAAUAAAAUUAUUACUAUAACACGA